AUGCUAAAUAUUAAGAAGAAAAACUUGAGAGCUCGGCAAGGAACACAGCGAUGGAGAAAGAACAUCAUAGUAGAGAUGGGUGAAUUCGAAAAUAUAGAUUUUACAUAAAAUGAUGCUAAGCCUGUGGAUUUUUAAGUUGAUGCUUAGCCAGUCAAUAUUUAUGAAAAUAAGGAGAGAUUUAAGAAAAAACCAAUAGAUCCCAAGAAUUAGUCCUAAUAGGAAAAAAUAACCAUCUAAAAUAUGGCAGAAUAAUAGAAAAAGCUAUAAUAAAUACAAUAGCAGAAUGAAAUUUAAGAUCUAUGGUCAGAGGAAGGAAAUUAAAAGAAAGUGUUAGGAACCGAAGUGAAGGCUGUUGUAACCCCUCAUCCAGGAUAAUCAUAUAAUCCUUAAUUAAAAGAUUAUAAUGAAUUGUUGGAUGAUGUAGUAAAAAAAGAAAUUAGAUCUCAUCAGAGAUUAUAAAAUGAAGAGACAGAAGCAGAGAAAGCCUAAAAGUUGACACAAAGAGAGCGAGAGAAAAAGAAAUAGAAAAAGAUGAGCAAGAUUUAAAAAAUUCAUGGAAAAGAAGUGGUUGAUAGGUUAAUUGAAAAACAAAAAAAUCAUGAACUCUUAUUAGUCAAAAAAAUUAAGAAAGAACUUAAUGCUGAGGCUAAGUUGAGAUAACAAAAAAGGAAAUAGAAGAGAAAAGAGAAAAGACUAUUAGAAAGAGCAAGAAAACUGUCAGGGAGAAACUUGGUGCCAAUAAAAGUAGGAAAUAAAAAAGUGGAAGUAACUUAAGAUGAAUUUGUAUUAGAUGACUAAUUGAAGAGUCACUUGAGACAUGUUACUCAAGGAGAUUUAUUGGUGAAGAGUGAAUUUGAUGGUUUUGUUAGAAGAGGAUUGAUUGAACCUAAAUCAAAAUCAAAUAAAUUAUCAAAGGCCAAAGUUCCCUUAUUUAAGAUUAAAGAAAAAUGA